AUGUAUCGAGAUUGUUUUGUCUGCUUCAAGGAGGAUUACAAUUGCAUACGCAUGAGAACGCAUUUUGAAACGACCCAUUGUACCUCACACCUAACUGAACACGUGAUUGAAAAGCAUUUGGUGAUUGGCUUCAAAUCACGUGAUCCAAAAUGGCAAAGUAAACUCAUAGUGAAGACCGGUGCUGUAACGCGUCGCUUCCUUGGAUUUGAUCGCAUUCAUCAUGUUGGCGACGACUCCGACAUGGACUAG